AUGGAGAUCCGGCCGGACAGGUUUAAGGUCGUGGCAGCCAAGACUCUCGGGAAAAUAUACGGAGCUCUUGAGAAGAAACAAGAAAAUGGCGAGACCAUCGAGCUGUCGGCGGAGGGCCGGCCGGAGCUUGUGGAGGAGAAGGAAAUGCCAGUGGUGGACUGCACGUGCUUUGGCCUGCCCAGGCGCUACAUCAUCGCCAUCCUCUCUGGCAUCGGCUUCUGCAUCUCCUUUGGUAUCCGAUGUAACUUGGGUGUGGCCAUCGUUAGCAUGGUCAACAGCCACACCAUCUUCAGAGAUAACAAGGAGGUUAUAGUGAAAGCUCAGUUUGACUGGGAUCCAGAAACAGUGGGAAUGAUCCACGGCUCCUUCUUCUGGGGAUACAUAGUAACCCAAAUCCCGGGAGGGUUUAUCUGUCAAAAGUUUGCAGCAAACAGAGUGUUUGGCUUUGCUAUAGUGGCCACGUCCUGCUUGAAUAUGCUCAUCCCUUCAGCAGCACGAAUGCACUUUGGUUGUGUUAUCAUUGUCAGAAUAUUUCAAGGACUUGUGGAGGGGGUUUCAUAUCCGGCCUGUCAUGGAAUUUGGGCAAAAUGGGCACCACCUCUUGAAAGAAGUCGCCUGGCCACAACAGCCUUUUGUGGUUCGUAUGCUGGUGCUGUGAUUGCCAUGCCAUUAGCUGGAAUUCUAGUCCAGUACUCAGGAUGGUCAUCAGUCUUUUACGUGUACGGAACUUUUGGUGUCAUGUGGUAUUGCUUCUGGAUCCUGGUGUCUUAUGAAAGUCCAGCAGCCCAUCCCACCAUCACCGAGGAGGAGAGAAAAUAUAUUGAAGAAAGCAUUGGCGAGUCGGCCCAACAUACAGUAACGAAAUUCAACACGCCAUGGAGGGCUUUCUUUACAUCAAUGCCAGUAUACGCCAUCAUCGUGGCUAAUUUCUGUAGGAGCUGGACUUUCUACUUGCUUCUCAUCAGCCAGCCUGCAUACUUUGAGGAAGUGUUUGGGUUUGAGAUCAGCAAGGUGGGCAUCGUUUCCGCACUUCCCCACCUUGUCAUGACUAUUAUUGUGCCCAUCGGGGGCCAGAUCGCUGAUUAUCUGCGCACCAAUCAAAUCAUGACCACCACAAAUGUCAGGAAACUUAUGAACUGUGGAGGGUUUGGCAUGGAGGCGACCCUGCUGCUGGUGGUGGGAUACUCUCAUACAAAAGGUGUCGCGAUUUCAUUCCUGGUAAUGGCUGUGGGGUUCUCUGGCUUUGCCAUUUCAGGUUUCAAUGUCAAUCACCUGGACAUUGCACCGCGCUAUGCUAGUAUCCUCAUGGGUAUCUCCAACGGUGUGGGCACGCUGUCUGGUAUGGUUUGCCCACUUAUAGUUGGUGCCAUGACGAAGCACAAGACGCGAGAGGAGUGGCAGGGGGUGUUUCUUAUUGCCUCACUUGUUCAUUAUGGAGGUGUUAUAUUCUAUGGCCUCUUUGCAUCUGGAGAGAAGCAAGCUUGGGCAGAGCCGGAGACGCUGAGUGACGAGAAAUGCGGCAUCCUGGAUGAGGAUGAGCUUGCAAAUGAGACGGAGGAGCUGUAUCGCACAAGUGGCGGGGGAGGCUAUGGGGCCAUGAACCAAGGAGCUGAUCCCAACGGAGCCGGGGGCAUGGGAGGAGGAGGAGGAGGCUGGGUGUCAGACUGGGACAAAACUGAGGAGUAUGUCCAGCCAGCAGGAACCAAUAAUUACCUUUAUGGAGGAGAGGGGGACCGAGAAUUAACAUAAAACCAGCAGAUCUUCUGCACACAGGCAGAAACACUGUAGUGGAGUUUCACCUGAUGGCAUGAAGAACUUUGAAAGUGUGGAUAUACUAUCGAAUCCGGGAGGGGACCACUUUCAGCAAGUCUGACUGUAUUAUCAUAACUGAACUGAAUUCAAAGAGACUCCACAGUGGAGGUGAAGACAUUAGUAAAUGUAAAAUGUGUGUUUGUGUGUGCAAUUGUGUACCUUGUGUGACGGACAAGUAAGAGUGUUUUAGGACUGAUCAGCCUCCCCGCAAUCUCUCUUGGAGGAAGGUUGUGUUUUAGGCCUGGUGUGGCUUUCUUUGAUGUUUAUUCACUGUAACGAUUGUAGAAAAUUCUAUAUUAUCUGACAGGAUUUCAUUUGUAUGCCUCUUACUUAUAUUUGAAUUAGGGCUGUCAAACAAUUAAUUUUGUUGUUCGCCAGUAAUCGCAUAAUUUUGGUAGUUAAUCAUGAAAAAUCACAUUUUUUAACCACGUUUUCAGUUUUAUUAUUCUGCAUUUCAAAACCGUUAUGGAGUCCAUAUUGGCAGGAAGAAUUAUUUUGAUUAGGAAUGAAGUGACAGCAAGAAACUGCUUGUGACUAGAAUAAAGUGGGCAUCAGACUCAUGGGUACCAAUAGGACCCAUUUUAAGUCAGAUAUCUUGAGGUCAAAGGUCAAGUGACCCCUGUGAAAUGGCCAUGCUGUUUUUCAAACGCCAAAAUUUAGCCUUAAUUUGGAGCGUAUUUCACCCUCUUACUGAAAAGUAAGCAUGAUGUGGUUAGUACUAUUGAAUUCUGUAGGUCUAAUUUCAUGAUACCGCUAUCAUAAUGUAGCUUUAAAACUCAGCCUCGCACAGCCUCUUAAUGACGGGAACGUUGAUUACCGCAAUUAAAAAAAUUAACACGUCUAUUACACAUUAACACUGACAGCCCUAAUUUGAAUCAUGACAAAUAUUAAAGCAUACAUUGGUCAUAAGCACAUUUCUGUUGUUGGGUGAAAACCUAUUGAAUUUGAUGAAUUGGUCUUUAGAAAGUUUCAUAAAUAGUUGUAGAAUUUCCACAAACAAAGUGAGUUUGCCCCUCCACUGAGGUUAAAAAAUAAUAUCACUAAAACAGGAGCUGUAAGGUUUUCAUACAAUGUUAUGAACGAUUUUUUUCCCCCCUAAAAUCAAUGUUAAUUUUGUCCUUAAUGUGCACACUUUUAAGAAAAAGCAUGUUUCUUGUGCCAAUACAACAAAAUAUUUUGCUCUGUAGUAUUGGUUUACUGAGAAAAUAAUUGAACACCUGCAAAUAUUGCUGCACACAGCUUUCUGUGAAGUCUAAACAGCCCAUGCUCAUAUUUUUAGAUGCAACAUUUUGAUUCCCACCUGCAAAAAUGUUAAAUGUACUAGGUCAGAACCUGUCUGCCUGCUGACAAGCUGGGGAAUAAAAAUGCCUCGUACAGGACUAGAAGGAAUGUAAUUUCCAAGAGUAGUUUAGAGACACCUAUAUGGGGGUCAGUGACAGUUUUCUUUUAAAUCCAACUUCAGAAUUUUGUUUGUUUGUAAUAUAUGCUUCAUGGAUGUUAUUCUAUCAUGUUAAUUUUGUUUUUCAGGCAAUUUCAGGCUCUAAGUGUAAACAUCGGGAAAAGCACUUUGCUGUCAGUAAAUAAGAACCCCAAACAUGACAACCUCUGCUCUCUGUUGCUGUGGCAAGGACCAAAAAAAAUACAGAGCUGAGGCUGUUGUGUGGUGGUAGUAUGUAACAAAUGACAAGAGCAAAAACUACUCAAAAAAUGAGAACGUUAGUCUUGCGGAGCCAUCACCUGUAUCUCAGUAAAUCUCAUUUAAAGGUGGACAUGCUUUAUUUUGUAGUGCAGCAAACUGAAGAUAUGUUAAGUGAUCAAUAAACAAAAGAACAAUUGAAACAAAAGACGUUUAAUGGAUAACAAAACAAUGACACUUCACUGUACAUGAGCAAUUUAUUUUACUUUUAUUAGUAGAUGUUGUAAUGUAUCUAUCUA